AUGUCCAAGCAACGUGGUCAACAAUGUAUUGUGGAGAGAAUGACCAAAGAAGAGAUAAUGCGAACGUUUUUCGCUCCUCUUGAAGAGCUAAAACGUCAGCAGCAGGCACCAACAUGGUGCAAUUUAUCAGAAGCACGUCUGUUUAUGUUGCUGAUUCGCUUCAAACCUGCUGGAGUGACAAAGUGGGCCGCUCUGAGUGCACUCCACAUGUAUAUGAAGCAUAUUUAUGAAAGAGAAGAAGAUGGCAUAGAAAUUUUUCUUAACGACGAAGACUUUGAAACUGUAAGGAAGCGCAAAGAUCUUCCCGUAUCUGAAAAGAAUCUCCGUUUCGAACCACGCUAUGCCAUUAGACCUACCAUUGAUCAGAUCUUAGCUAAACUGGACCAGUAUUGGAAUAUGAAAGGUGUUGAGUAUAAUGAGGGCGUGCCGGACGGACUCGAAGUUCACAGCGAGUUUUUCCUACCUGAUGGGCAAUUUUCUGAGCUGUUGAAAGAAAAGGUAGGUCUUCGCUGUACGCGUUUUGCAAAUUAA